AUGUGGUGGCCUUCCCAAUUGUUAAAGAGCAACAACGCUUCACCCAGUUCUGAAGCUUCUCAGACCAGCUUCUUCAAGCUCGCUGACGAUAUCAAGGACAAACCGAAGCACACCGAGAAGUUGAGGCAGACCUCUCAUCACUCGCUCUCAAUCGAGGACGAGCAAGCUUCAUUGUCCGCGGGGCUCCUCUGCAACAAGCCGUUCGUCAUGCAUAUGCCUUCUAUCAACAAGAGGAAGACCAAGAAGGCCUCCUUGAAGAAGGCUGAUAGCGAUCAAGACGUCCUUAUUAUCGGCCGGACCGCUUCGUUCGAGAAGGGCCUGUCUUUGGAGAGGCGCCCUGCUCCAAUCAAAGCAGCUGCCGUUCUUCGUCGAUCGCUCUCCAAGAAGGCUUCCGCUCAAUCUGUCCGUCAGGGUCCGGUGUAUAGGAAAAACCAAACCGCCUAUCCCUCCCCCAAGGAGCGUAUCUUCGUUACGGACCUUGUCAACCCUAAAGAGGAGGACUACUUUAUGCUCGAUCUGGACGAGGCUUGGCAUCCAGAUGGGUACAGCUUGAAGGAUCAUACCGAGUUUCUGAUCGACCUUGAGGGCAAGGUAGAGAAGAAAUGGGGCGGAGACGCUUUCGCCCGUCCCGUGUCGACUAGACGACCGGUCGCGAAAGCUCAACAGGGAGCAAGGGCUUCGAAGGAGAUGUUCCCCGUCUCGCCGACAGACGGCGGGGAAGAUGAGACUCCCGCUGCUUUCCCGACCGCUCCAGUCGAUAAACCUCGAGUGAUCACCACCAUCUCUGUGGACAUGAGCGAGAUCACGAAAGACACCGGCCGACCUCUUUCCGGCGCAUCCACUCCGGGAAGCGCUAUGCUGUCCUUCUCCGGUAAAAAUCGACGGGGAUCGAAGGGGUCUGACCGAGAGUCAUUCAGGCCCUUUAUAUCUGAGGACACUAUCGACUUUUCCGAUGUCUUCGUCCCCCUCGGCCCUCUGCCCCCCUUCGAGGGGCAGUAUAAAGCAGGAGGGGAGGACAAUUUUGCCUCGAAGAAACCUGUCCCGAGGUCGAACUCGAUGUCAUCUAUUUCUUCCCAAACGACCAAGUCUUCCUUCUUGAGUGAACACCGGAAACGUCACAGUACCAUCGACCUCGCUCACUUACCCACCCCUGUCGAGGAUGAUGAUGGCUGGUUCAAGCUUGCCAAGAAGGAUAGCGAGAGCUGGGCCGAUUUCUCGCAAAGCCUGAACCGCAAGAAAGGCGCCGAGUUUUGGCAAAAGCUAGAGGGUGGAGAACGGGUGCCCCUGCCAGAGCCGACGUUUGUCGGGGUCAGUCCGCAUCGUCAAAAGGGCAGGGCGUCAAGUUUCGCCACUGCUGCACUUCACGAGAGGUUCUUGCCCAGGCUCGCUGAAGCAGGAGGUGAAGGCCCUAGGUCGUUGAGCCCGAUGAGCCAUUCCAUCGCAUACUCUCCCUCCCUGGAGAGGUUGACUUCCGGGGCGCUGCCGUUUCUAUAUGAGACGCUGCAGGAGUCUCCUUUUGGCGGGCGAGAGAGUCCUGCCCCAGGGGCGGGAGGAAUGCAGGAUCGAAAGGACGGCGCUUCCGCAAGAUCUCGACAGCCUACGGGGUGUCAUCCGUUUGCAUCUCAAUCUUCGACAGCGGAUUCGCCCAAGAGUUUCAACGUCACCUCACCGGUGACACACCCUUUCGGUGAUCGUAGCCCCAACCGAAACCAUCGCUCCAAUCGAUCGUGAACAUUUGCUGGGUCGGCACCUUGCUUGCGUUUCGACCAAUCGCUUUGGUUGCACUGUAUAAAACUAUUUGACUCGGCAUGUACGAG